AUGUUAACGUGUGACUAUUCCGAUUCAUCAGAACAAACUUCAAGAAAAUUUGCUAAGACAUGUGUAGAAAAAAAACGACGUGAUCGUAUUAAUAAAAGUCUUGAUGAAUUAAAAGAUCUUAUGGCUUUGACAGAUGAGAGAGCAAGAUAUCAAAAAUUAGAAAAAGCUGAAAUACUUGAAAUGACUGUUAAUUAUAUUCGAAAUUUAAAACGUACAAUGAAUAAUUCUAUGGAAGAUUAUGAAAAUGGUUAUAGACAAUGUUCAGAAGAAAUGUGGAAAUUAAUUCAUUCACUACCAAAUAUUGUUCCUGAACAACGUGAUUGUUUAGCAACACGUUGUCGACAAAUGUGGACAAAUCGACGAUAUGCUCAUCAUCCAUAUCAACGUCGAACGACAACCACAACAACAUCAACAACAAAUGAACAAUACUCACAACAUCAUCAACAGUCAUCAGCAUCUUGUCUUAAAAUUCUUAUCAAUCAUUCAACAAUAACAAAUCCUAAUAAACCAUUCUCAUCUGUAUCAUCAUUACCAUCAUCAUCAUCAUCAAGUGUUUCAUCUAACUCUCUCAGUCCAUCAUCACCAAAACUUUGGAAACCAUAUAUGUAA